ACCUGGCCGCGCACGUUCACGGAGCCGCGCGCGCAGUGCGGGCGGUCACCAUCUUGGUUCCGACAGCGGCGCGGUGCAGGCGCGAGUCGGGGAGCCCCUCGCUUGGCGGCGGCGCGCUGUGGAUGAAGCAGCGUGGACAGGACGGUCUCCAGCGCCGCCGCGCUCGCGCCCGCGUGCAGGGCGGAGAGCGCUGAGCCGCAGGCGGGGUGGUGCGGGACAGCGAGGCCGCGACCCUGCCGGGCCCCGCCCAGCCCGCUGGGCCCGCCCCCGGCCGCUCCGCCUUCAGCCGGGCCGCGCAGAUGGGAUAGGCGGCGAAGAUGUUCAGCUUCGAAGGCGACUUCAAGACAAGGCCCAAAGUGUCUCUCGGUGGCGCGAGCAGGAAGGAAGAAAAGGCUUCUCUUUUACAUCGCACUCAGGAAGAAAGACGCAAGAGAGAGGAAGAAAGGCGAAGAUUGAAAAAUGCAGUAAUAAUCCAGUCAUUUAUUCGAGGCUAUAGAGACAGGAAACAACAAUACUUCAUCCAAAGAAGUGCAUUCGACCAAUGCGCCGACUCGGCUCAGCCUGGUGGCACCUUUUGCCUUGCUGAUGGUCCCAACCUUACCCUCUUGGUAAGGCAGCUUCUGUUCUUUUACAAACAGAGUGAAGACUCCAAACGUUUGAUAUGGCUUUAUCAGAACUUAAUUAAACACUGCUCUCUGUUUGUUAAGCAAUUGAAUGGAUCAGAGAGACUGACAUGCUUAUUUCAAAUAAAGAGGUUGAUGAGCCUCUGUUGCAGGUUGCUGCAAAACUGUAGUGAUGACAGUUUGAAUGUUGCACUUCCAAUGCGAAUGCUUGAGGUGUUUUCAUCUGAGAAUACAUACUUGCCUGUUUUACAAGAUUCUAGCUAUGUGGUGUCUGUGAUUGAACAAAUUUUGCACUACAUGGUUCACAGUGGAUAUUAUAGAUCUCUCUACUUGUUGAUUAAUAGCAAGCUUCCAUCAAGUAUUGAAUAUUCUGAUUUAUCUCGAGUACCUAUAGCAAAAAUUUUGCUGGAGAAUAUCCUAAAACCAUUGCACUUUACGUACAGCUCCUGUCCUGAAGGUGCAAGGCAUCAAGUUUUCUCAGCCUUCACAGAGGAGUUUCUGGGAGCACCUUUUACCGAUCAAAUUUUUCAUUUCGUCAUUCCGGCCUUUGCAGAUGUACAAACUGUGUUCCCUUAUGAGCCCUUCCUCAAUGCAUUAUUGUUACUUGAGAGUCAAAGUUCAAAACGGAGUAGUGGAAUACCUUGGCUCUUCUAUUUUGUUUUAACUGUUGGCGAGAAUUAUUUAGGAGCACUCUCUGAGGAUGGUCUACUGGUUUAUCUGCGAGUGCUUCAGACCUUCCUCUCUCAGCUACCUGCUUCACCUACCGGGGCAGGCCGGCCUGAUUCCACCAGUGACUCUGAGGACGAUAAUGAGGAGACUGACCAACCCACCAGCCCUGAGGAUGGCAGGGUGUCAGCCCCAUACAUUACUGAAGAGUGUCUGAGAAAACUAGAUACGAAGCAGCAGACCAAUACCCUGCUGAACCUGGUGUGGAGGGACUCGGCCAGUGAGGAGGUCUUCACAAGGAUGGCUUCUAUCUGCCACACAUUGAUGGUGCAGCACCGAAUGAUGGUGCCCAAAGUCAGGCUUCUCUACAGUUUAGCCUUCAAUGCCAGGUUUUUGAGGCACCUUUGGUUUCUCAUCUCUUCGAUGACUACACAGAUGAUCACAGGGUCUAUGGUGCCAUUGCUUCAGGUGAUAUCAAGGGGUUCACCCAUGUCUUUUGAAGAUUCUAGUCGAAUCAUCCCACUCUUUUACCUCUUCAGCUCCUUGUUCAGUCAUUCACUAAUUUCCAUACAUGACAACGAAUUUUUUGGUGACCCUAUAGAAGUUGUAGGUCAGAGACAAUCAUCCAUGAUGCCUUUCACUCUGGAGGAGUUAAUCCUGUUAUCACGAUGCCUUCGAGAUGCCUGCUUGGGCAUCAUCAAGCUAGCAUAUCCGGAAACAAAGCCAGAAGUUCGGGAAGAAUAUGUCACCGCAUUUCAGAGUAUUGGGGUCACUACUAAUUCUGAGAUGCAGCAGUGCAUACAAAUGGAACAGAAGCGAUGGGUUCAGUUGUUCAAGGUUAUCACCAACCUAGUGAAAAUGCUGAAGUCUAGAGACACGAGGAGAAAUUUCUGUCCUCCAAACCACUGGCUGUCGGAACAAGAGGAUAUCAAAGCAGAUAAAGUUACUCAGCUCUACGUACCUGCAUCUAGACAUGUGUGGCGAUUCCGGAGGAUGGGCAGGAUUGGCCCGCUGCAGUCCACCCUGGAGGUGGGUCUGGAGUCCCCGCCCCUGUCAGUGUCUGAGGAACGGCAGCUUGCCAUCCUGACAGAACUGCCUUUUGUGGUUCCAUUUGAAGAGCGAGUGAAGAUCUUUCAAAGGUUGAUUUAUGCUGAUAAACAAGAAGUUCAAGGAGAUGGUCCAUUUCUGGAUGGAAUCAAUGUUACUAUAAGGAGAAAUUAUAUUUAUGAAGAUGCAUAUGACAAACUUUCUCCAGAAAAUGAACCUGAUUUGAAAAAACGGAUCCGGGUGCACUUGCUCAAUGCCCAUGGCCUGGAUGAAGCUGGCAUUGAUGGUGGUGGUAUUUUCAGAGAGUUUUUAAAUGAACUACUGAAAUCUGGAUUUAACCCCAACCAGGGGUUUUUUAAGACUACUAAUGAAGGGCUUCUAUACCCCAACCCAGCUGCUCAGAUGCUUGUGGGAGAUUCUUUUGCAAGGCAUUACUACUUCCUAGGCAGAAUGCUUGGAAAGGCUCUGUAUGAAAACAUGUUGGUGGAGCUACCCUUUGCUGGCUUUUUCCUGUCCAAGCUACUGGGAACCAGUGCAGAUGUGGACAUCCACCAUCUUGCCUCAUUGGACCCCGAAGUCUACAGGAACCUGCUUUUCCUCAAGAGCUAUGAGGAGGAUGUGGAGGAGCUGGGACUGAACUUUACUGUGGUGAACAAUGACCUGGGAGAAGCCCAGGUGGUUGAACUAAAAUUUGGUGGGAAAGACAUCCCAGUAACUGGGGCCAACCGAAUUGCUUACAUCCACCUGGUGGCUGACUACCGGCUGAACAAGCAGAUCCGACCGCACUGCCUAGCUUUCCGCCAGGGCCUGGCCAAUGUUGUGAGCCUAGAGUGGCUCCGCAUGUUUGACCAACAGGAAAUUCAGGUAUUAAUUUCUGGUGCACAAGUUCCUGUAAGUCUGGAGGACCUAAAAUCCUUUACAAACUAUUCAGGGGGCUAUUCUGCUGAUCAUCCUGUCAUUAAAAUCUUUUGGAGAGUUGUAGAAGGUUUCACUGAUGAAGAAAAGCGCAAGUUGCUCAAGUUUGUAACAAGUUGCUCUCGACCCCCUCUCCUGGGUUUCAAGGAGCUAUACCCUGCAUUUUGCAUUCACAAUGGAGGCUCUGACCUUGAGCGGCUACCUACAGCCAGCACCUGCAUGAACCUGCUGAAACUCCCAGAGUUUUAUGAUGAAGCCCUGCUGCGAAGCAAGCUGCUGUAUGCCAUCGAGUGUGCUGCUGGCUUUGAGCUGAGUUGAAUUGAGGCCAGAGAACUUGAUCUGACCCAAAGGCAGCCAGCACCUACCAGACCCAAGAGAGCACUCAGGCAGGACCCUUGGCUCUCCUCAGGCCUUCUAUCUGGCAUCUCUCCCUUUCUGAUUUUUUUUAGAUGAUUUUAUUGUGACAGUCACAUAUAUAGAUGGACAUUGCUUUUCACAUAACCUAGCUAUUGUUAUGUGCUAUGUGGCUGGUUUAGUAAUUUUUGCCAAGAAGAGCACAGGUUUUAGAAUAGUGGCAACUCAGUGAAAUUAACCAAAGAUGAAGCUUUGGCCUUGCUGACCCAGUUUAUAUCCCUUCCUGGGUCAGGCACCAGUAUCUGCAGACAGAAUCUAGGGCUGAUACACAGAGCCGCAAGCCACUGCUUCUCAUGUGGUUGAUUGUUUACAAGCCUAAUUGUAAAAACUGAAGGCAUUUUUCCUGUUGCCUUUUCCCAAAGUGGUUAGGUUUGGAAAAUGGAUAACGCUAGUAUUAUUUUAUUUGUGCUUUUUAAGCCAUGUCCCCCAGGUGGGAAUCGCAUGCUUGUCUUCAGACUCCUACUGACCUGCAUCAUGAGGUUUGGACAUGACUGUGUGGGUGUUAGGUGACUGCUACCCUCAUUGCUCUUUGCCUUUCUCUGCUUCAUGCCUGGAAAGCUUUCCAGGAGGUGGACGAGGAGGGUCCCUGUACUUCCUGAGGUACUGUGUCAUCUGCAGUGAGUUGGCAACUGGGGGGUAUGGGCAUUGCAGCUUUUAUUAAAGUCAUUUGAACCAAAGUGGUGGGCUACGUCUCUCCAUGAUCCACAUGCCCUCCUGGCCUGGCAGUACUGCCCAUCAUCUUGCACAUCUUGGGGGUACUUAUCCAGGCCUCGGCACCUUUGCUUUCUGCAGCUGUUUUGAUAAGAAGGCAGCAUCCCUGGCAUCUGUCAGGGAAGAGCAUCGGGCCAGGUGAUUCUCACUUAGGCACUUUAUCAGAGUCAAACUUGUCGCCAGUUGACCUCAGCCUCUGCAAACGAAGCAGGGAAGGAAGCAUCUGAGAGGCUAGCAUGCCAGGAUCACCAUGAAGCUGGUGAGGACUCCAGACUCUGCUUCUCGCCCACGGCCAGCAUCUUUGUGCCUGGAGGCUCUUUGUGCUGUUGGAGUUAGGUGACGAGAAUUAGCAAUAUACUAUUAAAUGUGGGAAAACUGAAUGACACUUUUAAGACAAUGACAAUUAUCACAUAAGAUGUAUAAUUUCUUAAUUUGAAUAAUAAAGUAUUUAAAUGCUAUUUGUAGUCUUGAUACAUAGGAAGAAAUAGCAUUUAUCCUUGAUUUUGUUUUUUGAUUGUUUGGGGAUGUUUAUAUUGAAUGUCCUACAUCUUUUUAUUAGUUAAUUUGUGUAUUAGUAUUUUAGAAUUGAAGUAUCUGAGACUGGAGAUAAAUUGGCAGUUUGUGUUUUUUUCUGUUGGCUCUUCUGAGCUUAUUUAUUUGUACGUCCUAAUGGGUGAAUAUUUACAUUAAAUCUUUUC